GCAGAUUAGCCCGUCCAGUGUCAUUCCCGUCUGCGACCACACUCCUCUUCUACCGAAGUAGCCUUCACACUUGAUUGUUCAAGAUGAGCAUUCUUAAAAUUCCAAAGUAUGAACAGAGGCUGAAGGAUGGAGGUGCCCAGAGUAACUCUAUCGGAGCGGUGCGUUGGACUCUGCCACAUGAGGACGUCAAAGCCCACAGCUCUGUUCCCAGCAAGCAGUUAAAUCACACUGGGCUCUCGACACAAUCAUCACAGCAUAAACACAGGCAGCAGGACCUGAGGGACCUCCGCAGCCUGCAGGAGUGUGUUCGCUUCCUCAACCACUGGAAAGAACAAGUGGCCAAGGUUUGCAAGAAGGGAGCCAAAGAAGGCACCUCGGCAGAGCCCAGGAUGGACCCCCGCACUGAGCGCAGCCUGGAGGAGAGUCGCAAGCUCAUCCUAGAGUGGGCCAGAGAGCUCAACAGCAUGGACAUGCUCUCCAAAGACAGCCCCUGGAUGCGGGAGCAGAAGAAGGUUCUGGAAGAGGUUCUGGAGGAGGAGGAGGAGGAGGAGGAGGGGGAGGAGAAGACCAAACAAAAUGAGCUCCUUGAAAAGAAGGUCAUGGAGUGGGCCCAGGACUUGAAGACCAUGUCGGAAAAAUGUGGCAUGUUGGGAGAGGAGCUGGGUCAGACUCUGAGACUCUUGGGUCUGAGGAAGAAGAGGCUUGUUAGUCUGAUGCCCCUGCUAGAGUUCAUCACCUGGUCUCUCCUCAAGGAGGACUGCAAGGGUAUGCCCCAGCUUUGGCUGUCAGCUAAGCAGCGCCAGUGGGAAGCAGGCACUCUGAGAUACAUCCCAACUUCAGUGUGGAGCUGGAUCCGCAGUGCUGCAUCCAAUGUCACUUUGGAUCCCAUGACCAAUCACUCCUGGCUGUUGGUGUCCGAUGACCAGAAGAAAGUAAUGGAGUCGCACACGGAGUACGACCUGCCCUACAGCCCGCAGCGCUACGACAGUUGGCCGUGCGUGCUGGGCUGGGAGGGCUACCUGAGCGGCCGCCACUACUGGGAGGUGGACCUGGCCAACGACGGCUACUGGAGGGUGGGGGUGACCACGGGCUCCUCCAAGAGGCACGGCCGCUUCCCCAUGUGCCCCAGCAAAGGCUACUGGACCUUGUGGCGGAGCACCCGGCAGUUCUACGCCUGCACCAAGCCCGAGACGGCGCUGCCGCUGGCGCUGGUGCCACGCCGCCUGGGCAUCUAUCUGGAUUACGAGGAGGGCCAGAUCUCGUUCUACGACGCCGAGAACUGCUCGCACAUCUACACCUUCAAAGGCCACUUCCGCGAGAAGCUCUACCCGCUGUUCGCGCCCCUGGAUGGACGGACCCUCAUCACGAUCAAAGAUCCCAGCCCAGUGACCAGCUUGUAAAGUUGAAAACCUGCACGCCACCACUAACACUGCCUCGAGUGCAUAAGGGCUUGGUUGCCUGCCAACCCAUCUAUACUGUUGUACAUAAGCUCAUAAGAUACUGAAAAUAAUGAAUACAUUCAAAGCAUUCAAAAAUUCAAAGCAUUCAAAAAUUCAAAGCAUUCAAAAAUUGACCACUAUAUACUGUUUAGUCUAAUAAAUUCAAACCAUUUAUAUUUCACACAAGACAGAUUAACUAAAAUGCACAAUAACCAAAUGCCCAUAUUAUCUAUAUAUUUAUCGAUAUGUAAUGUUUGUCUUUAUUCUUAUUUCUAUAUAUAUAUGUAUAUAUAAUAUGUGUGUGUGUGUGUGUGUGUGUGUGUGUGUGUGUGUGUGUACAACAGUUAGGUCUGGUCGAUCCAUUUAUUCAUUUCUGAUUGGACAAGAGACAGAAAAGCGGUAUGACAUUCAUAUUUCGAGGGGUUGAUAAAGGACAUCCCCUCAGCUGUGGUUACCUGCAGCCUACGGCCUUGUGUGUGUGUGUGUGUGUGUGUGUGUGUGUGUACUUGUACUUUGCACUUUUAACCUGUGUUGAGUUAAUGACUUGUGUAGGUAUUACAUACUUCAUCAUCAAUGCAGGGUCUUUUUAAGAAUAUACCAAAAUAAUCGAAUUUUAAUACAAUACAAAUACAAAAUUCCUGAUGGCAUUGUUGUAUGUCAAGUGAAGAUUCUUCUUGUCUGGAUGUUAUUCUCUUAUUAAUCUGAUUCUGAAUCUGCUUUUCAUUAAGGAUAGUAAAGAACUGCUGUUUACUUGAUGCUGUUUACUUUAUGACUAUAUACUUUAUGAUACAGAUGGAAAAGGAAUCAUGACAUUGAUGUAAAUGCAUCCAUGGCAAAUUAAGAGGAAAACAUGUAUUUCAAAUAAAGACUAUUUUAUAAAUUA